GGUACACAUUGCCGAGUGAUAUCACAUGCUCUUACUCUUAGAUACUUUUUUUUCCCCUCCGGUCACUCACUCUCGACGCGCAAAGCAAAGCUCUCGAUCACCACCGAACACUACACUCACAAUGCCUCAAGAACGUCGUAAACGUGGUCGCCGCGCCGAAAAGAAGAGAAAGGAUGAGAAAUCGCCAUCGCCGGCUCCCGAGCUCGAAAACCUCUAUAUCAACGACCUCGAGGGCGUCGUACCACCUGUCGACGAUGCAACUACGUUCUACGGACUCCUAACGGAGGAAGAGUCGGAGUACUUUCGACGCGCGGAUGAGAUGUUGGCGUUGGACGAGUUCGAGGAUGCUGAGGGAAAAUCGCUGUUCAUUGCCAAUCUAUACAAAGAAGCGCACGGAAAGGAAUUGAAGAUUGCGCAUUCCCAAGGUUGUUCGAGGCUUUUGGAGCGGUUGAUAUUGCUUUCUACACCGGCGCAACUCAAAGCGUUGUUUCAAUGCUUCAGUGGACACUUUUUGGCACUGGUGAAACACCGCUUUGCCAGUCACGUUUGCGAAACGCUCUUUCUCCAGGCCGUGCCCUUUGUUUCGCAAGAAAUGGACUCCGAGUCUACCGCUAAGCAAGUGGUCGACGAAGAUACCGUUUUCGCGAGUAUGGAGUCGCUCUUCCUCUACAUGUUCAAUGAGAUUCUGCCAGAGCUGAAGAGUCUCGUUACGGAUACCUUUGCCUCCCACACCAUCCGCACAUUGCUACUCCUCCUCUCCGGCCGUCCGGUUUCCUCAGCGGCGACCCUGAUCCAAAGCCGAAAGAAGGAGAAUAUCCCGUUGAACUCAGAAGGCGUCUCGAAGGAAAGCCGGGACCAGAUAUCGGUUGUGCCUCAGUCAUUCCACGAGGCGGUUGGAAAACUGUUGAGCACAGUGUGCACAGUGUUUUCGACCGAGGAGCUACGAGCAUUAGCGGUGCACCAGAUUGGAUCGCCGGUGCUGCAGAUUAUGUUGCAGUUGGAGAUGGGGCUGUCCAAGAAGGAGCGACGGAAGAAGGAGAAGUCCGAGGGCACAUUGCUGUCAAAAUUGACUGGUGUGAUGCAGAACGACGAGGCGUCCGUAGCGAAGGAAGAGACCGCCGAGGGCGAGAAGGAAGGGGAGGAACAAGAGCGUAGCUUCUUUCAAAACCUUCUGUAUGACUCUGUCGGCUCACAUCUGGCUGAGAGCAUCAUACGGCAUGCGCCAAAGAAGGACUUUAACAUGUUAUAUGGGCGAUUCAUCAAGCCGCGUUUGGGAAGCUUGGCGAGGAACGAGACUGCUGCGUUCGUAGUACAGAGGGUUUUGGAGAAGCUAUCAAAGGAAGGACUUGAAGAGGCCGUAAAAGAGAUACUGCCACAGCUACUGACGAAACCAGAACGCUCCCGCGUAGCCGUCCUCAAAACCCUCAUCGACGCCUGUAUAAAACAGGAGAUCCCAGCCACACCUGUCAUUGACGCCAUUACCAAAGCAUACGACUGCACAUCUGCAGAACUAAUAUUUAAGAUGCUUCAUCUGACCCCAGCCGACCUCACGCCACCUCCCAAAACUGAGGCUCCAGCUGGAAAGCCCAAGCGCGACCCCUUCCAACUCCACGGCUCUCUCUUCGCGCAGACUAUCCUCUCCCUGCCUAUUGAGGUCGCCUCCCCAAUCGCCGAAAGCAUCCUUGCCCAACCGCAAGACACUCUGGUGGCGCUGUGUAAACACUCUCAGGCCUCGCACGUUGUCCAGAAGCUCCUGAACUCCCCCACGGCAACAGUUCCCAACCGCCGGCGACUGCUCAACGCGCUCAAGGGCCGCUACGUUGAGCUGUCACUCGACACUGUAGCUUCUCACAUCGUUGACGCAUGCUGGGACUCACCCAUGAACUACCGGCAAUCCGUCGCCGAGGAGCUGAUGCAUGCCGAACCGCAAAUGCGGGAGAGCUACUCUGGCCGUGCUGUCUGGCGUAAUUGGAGUAUGGAUAAGUUCAAGACGAGGAAACAGCAGUGGUUCCAGCUGGCGAAGGAGGAAGCUGCGACGCCAGAGGGGAAACCAGUGGAGAGGAAGAAGACCGCCAUUGAAUUGGCGAGGGAACGGCAUGCGAUGCAGAAGAAGAGAGGGUUCGCCACAGGGACUAAUUCUAAUAGUGGGAAUAAGAGGUCUGCGGCUGCAGCUGUGGACACGGAGGAGGAUGGGAUGAAAAAGAGAAGGGUUUCGGUGUUAUCCACAGUCGCAUAUUUCCAACUGGUCAAGAUGGGGGAUGCAAAUGGAGCUGGAAAUGGGGUUGUUGGCGAGCUAUCGUCUCGAGCGCAGGAAGUCGAAAAGCUCCUGAACCUCGCAACGGCCCAACUACUACCUUUCAUCUCGUCCGCGGACGAUGCCAACGGAAAACUCGUGGUCGAAGCCUUGCCGCCGAAGAAGCUCGAGGCGGUCUUGGAUCUGGGACUCCCGGCGGGUGAGGGUAGAGGCGCGGAGGGUCUCGACGAGGCUAUCAAGAAGGUCCUGAGGUACUCGGUCAAUACGUGGAGGGAUGGGUUCAUGGACAAGUUGUACGCCUCGACGGAUCCGGUCGGUGUUGCGAGUGAUUUGCUGCUGAGCGUGCUUAAUACCAAUGUACAUGUGUAUCAAGUUUCACCAGCCCUGACGAUCAUCGAGCGGGAGACCGCGAAACGUUUCGCAAACCUCGCCGGGUUUGAGGGACCGCACGCCGGCGGAAUAACACUUCCCGGAGGGUCGGCGUCGAACUCCACAUCGAUGAUCAUAGCGAAGAAUACACUAUUCCCAGAGACUAAGAUUCACGGUAACGGAAACAAGAGGUUCGUCGCGUUCACGAGUAUCCACGGCCAUUACUCAGUCGAGAAGGCGGCUAUCUUGCUCGGACUGGGCUCCAAGGCGGUUUGGGAGGUUGCUGUGGACAAGCAAGGAAGGAUGAUUGCGACAGAGCUCGAGGUUAGGAUCAUAGAGGCAAAGGAGAAGGGCUUCACACCAUUCUACGUCAAUGCCGGUGCCGGAACCACGGUGUUGGGUUCCUACGAUCCCUUCGACGAGAUCGCAGAUAUCUGCCAGCGUCACCGUCUUUGGUUUCAUGUCGACGGGUCCUGGGGCGGCGCUGUCGCCUUCUCCGAGAAUCAGAAGUGGCGGUUGAAGGGUGCCCACCGCGCCGACAGCUUGACUGUCAAUCCGCACAAGAUGCUCGGCGUGCCGGUGACUUGCAGUUUUUUACUUACGCCGGAUAGGAGGGCCUUUUAUCGAGCGACCAGCUUGAAGGCGGGGUACCUCUUCCACGAGCAGGACGAUGAAGAUGAGGCGGAUGAUGUUUACGAUAUGGCGCAGAUGACCAUGGGCUGUGGCCGCCGGGCAGACUCCCUCAAGAUGGCCAUGGGUUGGAUCUAUUACGGAAAGGAUGGAUAUCAACGCCGAAUCGAUCAUGCAUUCGACAUGGCGGCAUAUUUCGCCACCACCCUGGCGAAACGCAAGGGCUUCCAUCUGGUAUCUGAGAACCCGCCGCCAUGUCUCCAGAUUUGCUUCUACUACACCGGCUCUGCAAACAUCCUGAGCAGCGACGCAAAGUUCAAUACCGAAAUCACGCGAAGAAUCGCUGCGCAGUUGAUCGCGAAGGGGUACAUGGUCGACUAUUCUCCGGAUGCCACACAUGGCGAGUUCUUCCGCGCCGUAGUAAGUCACCGGACAACACGGGAGACGGUGGAUACCCUCAUAGCCGCGAUUGAGAAGCUCGGAGGAGCCUGUUAGGCCCGGCCCAGCCAGCCAGCCAGCUAUGCCUACAUAUCUACCUACCCACUUCCAUAUCAUGCGUGAUCUUUUACUAGCAAUUUCUUUCGUUUUUUUUUGCGUGAGUGGAGAGAGAGGCACGUGUACGAAUUGUUGUAUUCUAGACCUGUACAACAGAUACUAGAUACUAGAUACUUGUACUUGUACAUAUCCACAGCAGCAGACAUCAUACCGUAGUUCAUACCAUAGUUCAUAGAACCAGAAUAAUUGCCGU